AUGGCUGACAAGGGUCUUGAGGAUGUGCCUGAGGGCCAGAUCGAGUCGAACUACGAUGAGACCGUCGACUCCUUCGAUGACAUGAACCUGAAGUCGGAGCUCCUUCGUGGUGUCUACGCCUACGGUUUCGAGCGUCCCUCCGCCAUCCAGCAGCGUGCCAUCAUGCCCGUCAUCAAGGGCCACGAUGUCAUUGCUCAGGCUCAGUCCGGUACUGGCAAGACCGCCACCUUCUCCAUCUCUGUCCUCCAGAAGAUCGACACCAACGUCAAGGCUUGCCAGGCCCUCAUCCUUGCUCCCACCCGUGAGCUUGCCCAGCAGAUCCAGAAGGUCGUUGUCGCCAUCGGCGACUUCAUGAACAUUGAGUGCCACGCCUGCAUCGGUGGUACCAGCGUCCGUGACGACAUGAAGGCUCUCCAGGACGGCCCCCAGGUCGUUGUCGGUACCCCUGGCCGCGUCCACGACAUGAUCCAGCGCCGCUUCCUCAAGACCGACUCCAUGAAGAUGUUCGUUCUUGACGAGGCCGACGAGAUGCUUUCUCGCGGUUUCACCGAGCAGAUCUACGACAUCUUCCAGCUUCUUCCCCAGAGCACCCAGGUCGUCCUUCUGUCCGCCACCAUGCCCCAGGACGUCCUUGAGGUCACCACCAAGUUCAUGCGCGACCCCGUCCGCAUUCUCGUCAAGAAGGACGAGCUUACCCUUGAGGGUAUCAAGCAGUUCUACAUUGCUGUUGAGAAGGAGGAGUGGAAGCUCGACACCCUCUCCGACUUGUACGAGACCGUCACCAUCACCCAGGCCGUCAUCUUCUGCAACACCCGCAGAAAGGUCGACUGGCUCACCGACAAGCUCACUGCCCGUGACUUCACUGUCUCCGCCAUGCACGGUGACAUGGACCAGGCUCAGCGUGACCUGAUUAUGAAGGAGUUCCGUUCCGGAUCUUCCCGUGUCCUGAUCGCCACUGACCUUCUGGCCCGUGGUAUCGAUGUCCAGCAGGUUUCCCUGGUCAUCAACUACGACCUUCCCGCCAACCGCGAGAACUACAUCCACCGCAUUGGUCGUGGUGGUCGUUUCGGACGUAAGGGUGUUGCCAUCAACUUCGUUACCGCCGAGGACGUCCGCAUGAUGAGAGAGAUUGAGCAGUUCUACAGCACCCAGAUUGAGGAGAUGCCCAUGAACGUUGCCGACCUCAUCUAA